GCUUCAGUCUGAUCCUGCCUGUCGGACUGAGUUCUCCAAUAUAAAGUUUUAUUUAUUAAACAAGACGAGAGAAAAUAAUUUAAAUAAGAAGAAUAAAAAAGCUGAAACAGAAUUACAAGUUUAAGGUAUCUAAAGAAGCAUAAGAUAAAUUUUGAAUUAAAAUUUCUUUUUUUUAAAUUACGAAUAAGAGGUGUCUGAUUUAACGACGACUUUGGCUACUUUUCGACAUUAAUUAUUUAUUUUUGUGACGAGUCUUAGUAAUUGUUACUAUUUAUUAGAAUGUAUGUCGGUUCAAUAAUUGUCAGUGUUUUAUUAGUAACUAAGAUAAUUGCCGAAGACACGGCAUUUAAUAAUAACAAUAAUGAUAUUAUUACUAAUGAAAAUGACAACGUUUUAAAAAAACGUGUCUCUGCAAUGGGUUUUCAAGGUACGCGAGGUAAAAAAGACGCUAAUAAUUUGGAUGAUGAUGAAUUUUCUAAACGUGCAGCUAUGGGUUUUCAAGGCAUGAGAGGAAAAAAAGACCCAACGGGCCCAGAUUCAAUGGAAAAUUUGGUAGACUAUGAAUUUGAAAAACGCGCCCCGAUGGGUUUCCAAGGAAUGCGUGGAAAAAAAGAUGAAUAUUUAUCAUCACUAACUGAUGAUUUUAAUGACGGAUUUUAUCAUGAUGAUGAGUAUGACAAGCGGGCCCCGAUGGGUUUUCAAGGGAUGCGCGGCAAAAAAGAUGCGCCGUUGGAAGACGAAUAUUACAAGCGUGCGAUGAUGGGAUUUCAAGGAAUGCGCGGAAAAAAAUCAAUUGAAGAAAUUUUAGAUGAAAUCGAAAAAAGGGCUGAGUAUUACGGGAUUCCAUCAGACAAAACGUCGCUCAAUGAUUAUUUAGAUGAUUACGAAAAACGAGCAUCUGCGAUGGGUUUCCAAGGAAUGAGAGGCAAAAAAGACGAAUACGAAAAUUUUGAGUGGGAGAAAAGGGCCCCGAUGGGGUUUCAAGGAAUGCGUGGAAAGAAAGCUCUCUUCCAUGAACUCCAGGAGCUUCAAAAAAAGGCUAUAAUGGGCUUCCAGGGCAUGAGAGGCAAAAAAAAUGAAGCAGAAAAUUAUUAUGAGUAUCCUGUGGACCCAAGUGAGUAUGAGAAAAGAGCUCCCGUGGGAUUUCAAGGUACACGGGGUAAAAAGGACGGCUGCAAACGAGAUAUGAGAUUUGUUGGAAUGAGAGGAAAGAGAAAUGUCCCUGGUUUUUAUGAUAUCAAUGGUUAUCACGACAGCCCUAAAUCGUUGGAUUCAAGAUUUAUUGACACCCCCUUACAUUUUGACAAAAGAUCAUCCUAUGGUUUUUUUGGUAUGAGAGGUAAAAAAAUUCCACGAUGGGAAAUUCGUGGUAAAUUUGUCGGUGUACGCGGUAAAAAGUGGGUAUCACAAAAUUUUGAUAAUACCGAUAAAUCAGUAACUAAUGGCUUUGAUAAAAAAAAUAACAAUAAAAAUAAUAAUGAGAGGAUUAUUGAUAUUAAAAAUGAAAAUUCUUCUAAAUUCAAUAACCAGUAAUAUGGAAAAUUGUCUUAUAUUUAUUUACUUGAAAUCUGGAAAAUAAAAUAAAUAAAUCCACGAAAAAUUAAUAAAACCUUUGACAAAUUUAUAAAUACGUUAGAUACUUUCUUUAAUAAUAAACCUGUGUCAGUAUUAAUUGUCUUUUAAAAUAAUAAAUAUUUUACGUUACUGUAUCACUACUUGUUUGUUUCUUUGUUUGAAAAAAUGAAUUGAAAUAGACUAUACCCGAGCGAAAAUAUUCAAAUAUGACGCGUGUGAAUGUAGCAGACAUCAGAGAAAUUUAAAAUUACAAAUAAAAAGAGUAAAUAUUUGAAAAAAAUAAAAUUUGUAAAAAACGCACUCACUAAUUUCAAAAUUUUUUAAAUGCGCAUUUUUUAAAAAUUUUAUUUCAUUAAUUAUUUACUUUAUUUAUUUAUAACUUUAAAUUUGUCUGAUGUCUGCUACAUACAAUUUCAUCAUAUAUGGUCAUAUAUGAUAUCGGAUAUAAUUAUAUAUGAUAUUGUGCGUGAUAUCUAUAAAUAUAUGAAUACUAAUAACUGAAAAAAUUAAUUUAUCUGAUCAUAUAUGAACAUGUAUGGUCAUAUAUGAUCAUUUAGAUCCAUAUAUGACUGAAUAUGAUCGUAUAUCUUUGAUGUUAUGAGUACUCAUAUAUAUAUAUAUUUGAGAUAUAAUCAUAUCUGAGUAUUUUUUCCCGGGUAAAAAAAUUAGAAGAAUUAUAAAUUUUAUGAACUUAGAAAAAAAAAAUAGGCACUAUAUUUUUCUCUGAAUGUUACUACUAGUUAUUAUAUUAUAAAUAUAAAUAUAUAUUAAAUAUAAAAAAAUAAAACCUAUCUGUGUCAUUGUAUGAUAGGAAUCCGUGGUUGAAACGAAGAUGUUUAAAUUCGAAACUUCAGAUAAUUAAUACAUUUAUUACAACAAUGUUUAUUAAUAACUGGUACCAUACUUCAGUCACACAAACUAUUAAUUACUUAUUUUAUAUUUCGUCUUUUUUAUUAUUCUACUUUACUAAUAUCUUUGUAUUUAUUUAUAAAUAUUAUCAGUUAUUGAUUUCUACAUCCAUUAUUUGUUUAAUUGGGACAAAGUAUUGAUUACUUAAACUAAUAGUUCCCACUAAUAGGAACAUCGGUUAAAUAUAUGUGAUUUAAAACAUAUUAAUAUUCUCUAGGCUGGAAGAGGAACAAUUUUUAUUUAAGUAUAUUAGGGUGGUCGUUAAAAAUUAAAUUUUUUCAGGCGCCGUAGAAAAAGCUUCUUUUUAGUGAAAAAAAACGUGGGGAAUUUGAUUUUUUCUUUUCAAGUAAAAAGAACACGUGCCGCAGGACGAUCAAAGUUAAUUUUUCGAUACAAUCGCAGUUUUUUUUUAAUAUCUCAUGAAAUAUGCAGAUUAAAGGAAAAAAUUAUAGGAACAAUUUUGUAGGAAAUAAAAUUCUUGACAAAAAAGGUCAUGUUCAUUUUUUUUAUAAAAUGUGUAUUUAUGAAGAUAUUUUGAAAAAACUUUUUUUAGAUCUGAUGAAUUGGCGUUUCAAGGAUUACAAAUUUUGAAAAUAACAUUUCUCUAAGUAGAUAGAAACUGUAACAAGCAUUAAUGAUUGAUAUGUUACGAGUUACGAAGCUGUCUAUAUAUAAAAAAAAAUGUUAUUUUAAACAUUCGUUAUCCUUAAAAUCCUUAAUUGAUAAGAUCUAAAAAAGUUUUUUAAAAAUAUCUUCAUAAAUACACAUUUUAUAAAAAAAAUGAACAUGACCUUUUUUAUCAAAAAUUUAAUUUCCUACAAAAUUGUGUCUAUGGUAUUUUCCUUUAAUCUGCAUAUUUCAUGAGAUAUUAAAAAAAAAACCGCAAUUGUAUCGAAAAAUGAACUUUGAUCGUUCUGCGACACGUGUUCUUUUUACUUAAAACGAAAAAACCAAAUUCCCCACGUAUUUUUUCACUAAAAAAAAGCUUUAUAUCGGACGUCUGAGAAAAUUUAAUUUUUAACGACCACCCUAAAGUAUAUCCAAUUAUGUGUAACGACGUUCUAAGAAACCAUAUAAAUCAUAUAAAUACUUUGAAAAAAUCUUUCAAAUUUUCACAAAAAUUUUCAUUCAUUUAAUUCCAAUUUUUCAUAUAUAAUCAUAUAAAAUCAAUUUCUGAUUUUAUGAUCAUGCAUAAAAAAAUAUAUUCGGUAUAGAACAAAUAUAAACAUUGAAUGUAUGACAUAUAUGAUGGUUCUAAAUUCGAAAACCACACAAAGCCAUAUAUGAUCAAAUAAAACUGCAUAUGAUUGUAUAUGGUCUCUUAAUAUUCCGUUGCCAAUCGUCUCGAUAUUAGUUUGUCAUAUGAUCGUAUGUGAUUGUAUCUGAACAGCAAAAUCGCAAUAUAUGAUUAUUAACUAUGAAUCGGUUUUUGACAUAACGUUUGACAAAUAUCAUAUACAGUAAAUUUUUAUAUACGAUCAUAUAUGGAUGACUGUCAUAUCCAAUCAUAUAUUGUCAUAUAUAUUCAUAUCAUGAUUUAUUUCCUUCUUGACAAUGAUUUCAUAGAACUAUCUGUCAAUUCCAUCAGAUAUGGUUUUAAAAAAAGUCAUAUACUAUCAGAUAUGAAUUUUUUUCUUCAGUUUAUUGAAAAUUCAUAUUUUUUAAUGAUUUAGUGAUAAAAAUAAUUGAAAUUAGAAGUUUUGACUGAAGAUGCUUUUUUUUAAUAUAUGAUAAAAGUAAAUAUAUGUAAUUAUAUAUACAAAUAUUUAAUCCCUCCUAUCUUGUAUUUUACUGUACUUUCAUAAAAAACCAUAUAUCCAAAUAAAAUAUAUGUUGACUAAAGUAUGGUAAGAAAAAAAAAUUCUAAAUAACGACCUGUGGCUUUGCUAUGAAUUAUCGAAUUUUUAUUUAAUGAUAAUAAUAUUUUUAAUUUAUUUUAAAAGACUAUUAAGUUGCAUAUACUUUUAAUUGUAUGUGAUAAAAAUGAAAUAAGAAAGUAAUAUGUGCUGAUGAUUUACAGAUUUAUGUAGAUUGAUUAGAAGAAUUGAUAAAGAAAAAAAAACUAUAAAUAAUUCUAUAUUAUAUUUAUAUAUUAUUUAAAAUAUAUAUAAUACAUAUUAAAUGAACUGGAGUUUAAAAUGGAUGUAUAUAAGGCAGAGGUGAAUUAAUAAAAUAAUAAAUAAUUGUAAUAUUAAAAAUUAACGAAUGACAACAACGUAGUGAUGACCCCGGAGAAAAAAACUGAAUGGCAAAAUAAAUAUGAAAUAUAUUAAUAUAUCUAUAUGAUGAAAUUUGUUUAUGGAUUGUAAUUUUAUUGAAAUUAUAAAUAAAUUAUAUUUGAUGUAACGUAAAAUAUAGAUGCAAUAUAUUCUGUCUUCAUAAAUAAAUAUAAUAAUGAUAAUGCAUAUUAUAUAUUAAUUAAUAAAGAUCAAUUAAUUA